AAAUGUUAAAAAAAAGAAAUAAGGCAAGAAGCUCAAGAAAACUCUUUGUAGCGAACACAUAAGAUUCACCACCAAAAGAGGUUGAUUCGAUUAUUCUUGGGCUCCGAGCACCGACCACCAAAUGAGUGCAAAAUGCUGGAGUAACUUUUUCGAGAAUAAAAAAAAAUCAGGAAUAUAAAAGUGAAAGCUGAAAGUCGAGUAGGAUGCAGACAGGCAUAUGAGCACGAAGUGCGAGAUUUUGUUGACGAGGCCUAUUUUUAGGAAGUGCGUGCCGGAAGAUACACACACGCACAAACCCACUGAGUGUGUGUGCGACUGACAGAGAUGGCUGAUGAUGUGCCUUGUUGUGGUACCGAGUUUUUUCUGUUUGUGAUGAUUAUCAUAGGGCUGGUGUUGUUUGCUGGGUUGAUGGCUGGUCUCACCCUCGGCCUCAUGUCUCUUGGCCUUGUGGACCUCGAGGUUAUCAGCAAAUCAGGCCGCCCUCAAGAUCGUAAACAUGCCUCUAAAAUACUUCCAGUGGUGAAAAAUCAACACCUAUUGCUUUGCACACUCUUGAUUGGCAACUCUUUAGCAAUGGAGUCGCUUCCCAUAUUCUUGGACAAGCUUGUGCCUCCAUGGGCUGCGAUCCUGGUAUCGGUCACACUCAUCCUCAUGUUUGGCGAGAUAUUGCCUCAAGCAAUUUGUACGCGUUAUGGGUUAACCGUUGGAGCAACUGUGGCACCCUUUGUCCACCUUCUUCUUUGGGUGUUCUUCCCUAUUGCCUAUCCAAUUAGUAAGAUCCUCGAUUGGAUGUUGGGUAAGGGGCAUGCUGCUCUACUGCGUAGAGCUGAGCUGAAAACUUUUGUUGAUUUCCAUGGCAAUGAGGCUGGGAAAGGAGGGGAUUUGACACAUGAUGAGACGACAAUAAUUGCUGGGGCACUGGAAUUGACUGCGAAGACUGCCAAAGAUGCCAUGACAUCUAUAGCAAAGGCCUUCUCCAUUGAUCUCGAUGGAACUCUUAAUUUGGAGACAUUGAAUGCUAUAAUGACUAUGGGCCACAGUCGAGUUCCUGUGUACUAUAAAAACCAAAAUAAUAUCAUUGGGCUCAUCUUGGUUAAAAAUCUCCUUGCAGUUGACCCUGAUGAUUCGGUUCCUCUAAGGAAAAUGUUAAUCAGAAAAAUUCCUCGAGUCUCGGAAGACAUGCCCCUUUAUGAUAUUCUGAAUGAAUUCCAAAAGGGUCAUAGCCACAUCGCUGUCGUGUAUAGGGAUACAAAAGAUUCACUGCAGAAAAGCAAAGAAGACAAUCAGAAAUUUGCAACGAAAACCGUCACCCAUGAUGCUGACUCAGUCAUGAAUAAGUCUGAUGAUCAAGUUAAGAAAAGCCCUCCAUCGACUCCUGCUUUCAAGAAGAGACACAAAGGCUGUUCGUUUUGUAUAUUAGAUUUAGAAACCUCACCAAUCCCUGAGUUUCCACCCGAUCAAGAAGUAGUUGGUGUCAUCUCCAUGGAAGAUGUGAUUGAGGAGCUUCUUCAGGAGGAGAUACUUGACGAAACAGACGAGUAUGUAAACAUACACAAUAGGAUAAAGAUAAACAUGAAUGCUACUUCUCAGGAUUCGAACUCGAUUCAAUCUACAACUCCAGUUUGAAGCUGUCAUCCGAUUAACACCUAGUAGAAGUGUAUAAGCUCAUAUAGUUGCCGAAGACAGCUUAUAUAAGUCUUAUAUAUGUUGAGAUCAACUAGGAAAAGGAGUGGAACAUGGUCUGAAUUAUAGGUGAUGUAGAUAAAUAGAGGCCUAGCCUAGCUGGAUACAAGUUGGAGUUGUUGGAUGUCUAAAAUCUGGCUGUGGCCUGCGAGCUUGCCUUGAAGCUCCGAUCAACAACCUGCAUUUUAAUUUAUAGUUUGGCUUAGGCUAUACUACAUGUAUGUAUGUAUGUAUGUACAUCCAAUGACCAUUUUCUUUCUUGAAAGAGAAAAAUAAUCGAUUCCUGAAAAUUCAAUAAUAAAUUUAGUUUGACAAA